CACGCAGCCUCCUCUGCCGCCGCCGCCCGCCGCCGACAUGCCGUCCGUGUCACCCGUACCCAUGCACUUGCCAGAGGGGGCGCUGAUCCCGGAGGACCUGACGUCGGCCGCGGAGAGCGCGACGACGCUGCUGGAGGACGGCGUGCGCGAGGACGGCGCCGAGGACGACGACGUGGAGUUCUCGCUGGACCUCGACGAGCCGCCCGAGGACGUGCUGGAGUAUGCGCACCGCCACCUGGGCGAGACGCCCGAGAAGCGCGACGCCGCCGUCGCCGAGCUGCGCGACUUGGUGUACGAGCGCGGCGACGUGGCCCCGCACCGCCUCGACGACGCCUACCUGCUGCGCUACCUGCGCGCGCGCACCUUCCAGGUGGAGAAGGCCUACAGGCUGCUGUGCAGGUACUACUCCUUCAAGGACGAACACCCGCAGAUGCACAUGAACGUCAAUCUGGACAACCUGCACUGUGUUGGAGACGACAACAUUAUCCACGUGCUGCCAUACCGUGAAAACACGGGCCGCCGCAUCCUCAUCUACAAGAUGGGCAACUGGAACCCAAGCAAGUACGGCAUGGAGGAGCUGUUCAAGGCGUCGCUGGCCGUACUGGAGCUGGCCAUACUGGAGCCCCGUGCGCAAGUGCUGGGCGGCGUGUGCAUCUUCGACCUAGGCGGCCUCAGCCUGCAGCACGCCUGGCACGUUACACCUGCCGUCGCCGACCGAGUCCUGCAGCUCAUGGGGGGCAGCAUUCCCAUCCGCACGCACGCCAUCCACAUCGUGAACCAGUCGUGGAUCUUCGACACCAUCUUCGCUAUUUUCAAACCCCUGCUGGACGAGCGAAUGCGUGAGAAGAUCCACUUCCACGGCAGCGACAUGGAGUCGCUGCACCGCCACGUCGAGCCCAAGUUCCUGCCAGAGGCGUACGGCGGCACGCGCCCCGAGUGGAACUACAUGCGCUGGAUGGACGCGCUGCGCUCCGACGAGCGAGUCAUGCGCGAGCUGCGCAGCCUGGGCUACCGCACGCGCGAUGACCCUCCGCUGGAGGUAGAGGAGGACUCCUACUACGACGACGAGUGAUGGCGCCCCUCAACGGCGGCCUCCGGGCGCGUGGUGUACAUAGUUUUGCGCGCGGGAGGCUGGACGCGUUCGAAUGACGCGCCUCGAGCUCCAAUGAGAGAGCGAGCCUUGGCGCGGACAGUGAUGGUGUAUGGUACACUCGCAGGGAGUGUGAAGCGGGAAGAAUGAAGACGGCGGUCGUGUAGACGGAGAUCAAAUCUUCUGGACCCUCUGUGCGUUGCUUAGCUCCGACUCACGGCGGAGAACAAUUGUCGAUAUGGCACUCUAUAGUUUUAGUUCUUUUUGUUCAAAUAUUUCCAGUGUGUUUAAAAUAAGAUGUAGGUAAAGGAAACGGUUGUUUCCUAUCUUUCAAGCAAUAGAAAUAGCGGGCCAGUCUCGAAAACAAAUGAACGGAACAAACGUACAACCAGUAGUUGAUGUACCUGCAGCAUUUAAAUACUGAAUAGCUGCCGCUCGGAUCUCGCGUCUUUGGUGGGUAUAGAUGCUCAAAAAAUGUAUAUUUUAAAGUUUACUUAUACUGUAAUAUGAACUGUGCCUUGUAAAUGCUUCUCAAACGUUUUGGGACCACGCCCUUCCAUCCAGCAUAAUUAAACUGAAAUAUAACACAUGAUAUGCGUGAUAUCUGGUAAAUAUGUGUUUAAAUGGUAGCAACAAAUCAGAUUCAAAUUGAAAAUGAAAAAAAUAACAUGAUUAAAAAUGUUUCAGUACAAUUUUUUUUCUUCUCGGACGUGGGGUGGCCUUCAAGGUCGAAUUGAACUUUAGAAAUACUUCGUUCUCACUGGAUGCUGUACUCCAGCUCUUCCUUCUUGUGCCUUAAAUUGGUGGACGGUGAUGAUACACAUUUUUAAAUCAGAAAGAGACUUGUUAAAAUAUUCCAUUGGAAAUGAUACAUCAUGCCAUUAUCUUGCCUUGCCUAAUCACUGCCUCUGACAUAACUGUAUUUCUGUGACAACUUCCAAUUCAAUUAUUAAUCGUUUCCACACAUGUAGAAGUUCUGUAUAAAAAGAACGACAAAUCUUAUUACAUUAAGAGCAAUUCAACCAAACCCUGUAUAAUGCAGUCAUGUACAAAAAUGCAUCGAGAGACGCUAAAACGGGUAAAUAUUUGGCCCGUGACUGCUUUUAUAAUAAACGUAUAUUCUCAUUGUUUCUCAGAUGUAUUUUUUAUUUCACCUGCUUCACUUUCAGACCCUCCUAACUACAAG